AUGGGUCGCGGCAAGGUGGUGCUGCAGCGGAUCGAGAACAAGAUCAGCCGGCAGGUGACCUUCGCCAAGCGCCGCAACGGCCUGCUCAAGAAGGCCUACGAGCUCUCCAUCCUCUGCGACGCCGAGGUCGCGCUCGUCCUCUUCUCCCACGCCGGCCGCCUCUACCAGUUCUCCUCAUCCUCCAACAUGCUUAAGACCCUUGAGAGGUACCAGAGGUACAUUUUUGCUUCGCAAGAUGCCGUGGUGCCGACAAGCGAUGAGAUGCAGAAUAAUUAUCUGGAAUAUAUGGAGCUGAAGGCAAGAGUUGAGGUUUUACAACACUCGCAAAGGAAUCUACUAGGCGAGGAUUUGGCUCCACUCAAAACAUCCGAGCUGGAUCAGCUUGAGAGUCAAGUAGGCAAGACCUUGAGGCAAAUAAGGUCAAGAAAGACUCAGGUACUACUCGAUGAGCUCUGCGACCUGAAGAGGAAGGAACACAUGUUAGAGGACGCAAACUUGACCCUGAAAAGGAAGCUGGACGAGAUGGAGGUGGACACGGCACCUCCUCAUCCGCCGCAGCAGCAGCAGCAGCUGCCAUGGCAGAACGACCACGGCGUGGCCGUGCCGUCCUACGCGCCGCCACAGCCAGACCACUUUUUCCAGGCCCUGGAGUGCAGCCCGUCCCUGCAGCCAGCAUUUCGCUGCAUGGAUGUGAACCAGCCGCCGCCCGCAUGGAUGGCAUAGCGCUAGGUUGAUCGAGCUACCGUUUCAGAUCAACAGAAUGCCUUUCCUGCCCGUGUGUCCUACUGUCCUGCGUCUCCGCUCCUAUAUAUAUCUGCUGCUUUUGUGGUUCCUUUUCAAAGAGCUUGCCCGACUUGCCUUUAAGUAAUGUGUACAGGGCUUUGUCUUAUUUGUUACUAGCAAGUGUUAUUUUGCUCAGUUUGUUCAGAAAAGGCGAAAACGGUU